CUACUUCCCCCUUUCUCUCUGCCUGCCUCUCUGCCUACUUGUGAUCUCUCCUUCUCUGUCAAAUAAAGAAAUAAAAUCUUUAAAAAAAAAAAAAAGUGGAUUUGGUUGACACCCCGACUGUGUCUUUUGCUCUCAGAUUAGGUUUGAAACUGGAACACUGCAAAUAAAGCCUUAUCUUUCUUCUUCUUCUUCUUCUUCUUUUUUUUUUUUUUUUUUUUUUACUCUGCAGCCUUGCUAUCUCCAGCACAGCUCAACCUAAGACUUGAGAGAAGUCCCUGAGCUGGAGCAGCCAGCCCCCUAACAUGGGGACUACAUGGGGAUGUGCACAGCAAGGGCUCCAAAGAUAUUUGAGUUCUACAUGGCUUCCUUCUUGGCUUUUGUUUGAGCUCAGUUGGCCCUGGUUAGCCAUCUGGACAAAACAGUAAAAGACUAGGGAUCAGCCUGGAGACGGAUUUCCUAAGUUUGGCCUUGACAUUUUUUCUCUCCCACUUCCCCUAGGCUAGGGUCCAAGAACAGAUUGAUGGAUCAAGCUGUUCUGUCAACCCUGAGGUCUCAUGAGGGAGAAGAACCUUGAUCCCUGCCCCAUGGGAGGCCCAGACAUGAUGGAAACACACCCAGAGCCUGACAAACCCUCGGAAACAGUUGGAGUGCAAAGUGGGCAGCUGAGCCUUGAGUGAACUUGGGCUGUAGAAAUGGAGAGGAGUCCAUCAGGAAAGACUCCUUGGUAGAAGGUGGCAGUGACAUGGCUGUGCCCCAGGCUUCUCCACCGGGGCACCUCCAUGAGCCUGCCAGUGCCCUGAUGGAUCUCCAGCCUUGCCCUCGAAGCUUGGCUGAGAGCUUCCUGGAGGAGGAGCUGCGGCUCAAUGCUGAGCUGAGCCAGCUACAGUUCUCGGAGCCCGUGGGCAUCAUCUACAAUCCUGUGGAGUACGCGUGGGAACCACACCGCAGCUAUGUGACCCGAUACUGCCAGGGCUCCAAGGAAGUGCUCUUUCUGGGCAUGAACCCCGGACCCUUUGGCAUGGCCCAGACUGGGGUGCCCUUUGGGGAAGUGAGUAUAGUCCGGGACUGGUUGGGCAUUGGGGGACCUGUGUUGACCCCACCCCAAGAGCACCCGAAGCGACCAGUGCUGGGACUGGAGUGCCCUCACUCAGAGGUGAGCGGUGCCCGGUUCUGGGGCUUUUUCCGGAACCUCUGUGGACAGCCUGAGGUCUUCUUCCAUCGCUGUUUUGUCCACAAUCUGUGUCCUUUGCUCUUCUUGACUCCCAGUGGGCGCAACCUCACGCCUGCUGAGCUACCUGCCAGGCAGAGAGAACAGCUUCUUGGGGCCUGUGACGCGGCCCUCUGCCGACAGGUGCAGAUUCUGGGGGUGAGGCUGGUGGUGGGCGUGGGGCGGCUGGCGGAGCAGCGGGCGCGGCGGGCUCUGGCAGGCCUGAUGCCUGAAGUGCAGGUGGAGGGGCUCCUGCAUCCCUCACCUCGAAGCCCCCAGGCCAACAGGGGAUGGGAGGCAGCAGCCACGGAGAGACUGAAUGAGCUGGGCCUGCUGCCGCUGCUAACAAAGUGAGGGCCCCUGUGGCCCAGCACAGGAGGUUUUCCAGGCCCCCAGGUCAUCCCAGGGCGAGCAGAGGACUGUGCGCCCCCUGGACUGGAGCCACAGGCUCCUUCUGGGCUCCCUGGUUGCUGGGACCUGCUGUGGCAGUUUUGACACUACUCCCUGCAUCCUUCACCUUCUUUGAGCAUUGCCGCUGCGGUAACCGGCUGCACAGAGGCUUGGUGUCUGCAGACUGCUCUACCUCACCAUGUUCUGGGGAGCCUCCGGUCAGCUGUGAGUGACUUCUGAGGCUGUGUUUGAGAGAAGAGCCUGCCAGGAUCCUCACCUGUCCUCUUAGAACAGCUGCGUUCAAGCUGAGCCUUUUCCUCACAGGGACCAGGACAAAUGGAGGGUUAUGGGUGGGUGAUACGAGUGAACUUCUUCCGGGAGACGGAAGCUGGAUCAGAGAAAGGAUUCAGCGUGGCCGAGUGGGGAAGACCAGAAGACUGGCUUUCUUCAUCUUGGCUUUGAGACUUCAUG